AUUAAAUUGAUAUAAAAGACUAGUCUCAUUCCCAUCUAUUUUCUCUUUUCUGAUUUUUGUCGAUUUCCCAAGCAUGAUACGGAUUUAGUUAGCACUAGCUCAUCCUGGCACCCUGACAAAUACUACACUACGCUUUCGCAUAGCAGCCACAGGCCUAUAGGAAACGAUGGAUUGUGGCAAGUGCUUGUCAUGCGGCAUGGGGUUCGGCUGGGCAAUCAAAAUGGAUUUUGGAUCAACGUCUCCGUAUCUCCAGCCUGGUUGAGGACUCUCCAGUCAAAUGGCCUCAAAUCGCCGACGAAUUCGAAUUAGGUCAUAACGACAGGUCAUGCGAUGAACUCAAGGAGAGACUACCAACCAGACUCACUUUAAAUUAGCCCGGCGAGGUUGUGAGUCGUGAGACUUGUCGCCUGUUUGUACGCUGCAUUGAAUGACAGCUCCGCCGCCUCAUCUCAAUGAACGACGGCAAUAUGCAGGACCAACGACCACGCGGUCCGCGCUUGUACCAUAAAAAGUCUCGCACCGGGUGCUUGCGAUGUAAGCAGAGACGAGUCAAGUGUGAUGAAGUCCGCCCUAGCUGUAGCUCGUGUUCGAGACAUGCAGUCGAAUGCUUGUAUCCGAAUACACAUCCAGUAUCUACGAGACCGGCGCAAACUGUGCGGCAAAAUAGCGGGCCACCAAGUCAAUCGUCUAACGAACAGACCGCUCCCAGUCCCGCGUUGACGGAUGAUGCUUCGCAACGAGCAUCCAUUAGCUCCUUGUGUUCCCCUCCAACUGAGAAUACAUCGGCUAUUGCGCCGCAGGGUCUGAAUUUUUAUCCCUCGCCGGGUUCGCCUCUUCCGCGAUCCCUAGAUGAGGGGCCAGAUAGCGACGUCAACCUCCCCGAAGGGCCAUGGCGCCGAUAUUGGGAAAUACGCUUGAUCCACAACUACCACCAAAACAUGGUACAACCAUUUCCCAUGGCUCAAAAUCCGGAGAUCGUCCACAUGUGGAAGUAUGACAUCCCGAAUUUAACCAUGCGGAUGGCCCAAGAGCACAACCGCUGUAGUCUGCUCAACGUGUCGCUUGCCAACUCCGCUCUGUACCUUUGGACGAAGAGCACAGACAAGAGAGAGCGAGAAGAGCUCUUCAAGUUACAGCAGACUUAUCAGAUUAUGUGUACUAGAGAACAACGGCGCGAUAUCGACGAGUUGAGUCGGAUGAUAUCGGAAAACGCCGACUACAUAUGUUUUACUAGCAUCAGGAUUUUGGCACAUUCCUUAGCUCUAGUUCAGACGUUGAUGAUAGAUCCUUGGGAGCCCCCAGUUCAGUGGUUACAUAUGGGCCGAGGUGCCGGUCAGGUAUUGGAAAUGGCGCGGAAGUUGCUUGACGCCAGCAGCAAACUCAGUAUUAAAUUGUUUUCCCAGAGCAAGCCAGUUAUGAGCAAUCCGAUAGAGCUGAUCUACUGUGAUCACAGUGCGCUAGAUUGGCUCUUAGACUAUCCAGCUGAUCCCAAGUCGAUCGCUGCACAAGAAGACCGAGAAUUGGAGGAUGAGGACGUGAAGGUCGUAUACAACAAGGCCCUCUCGUAUAUAUGCAGCGUCCAGACAGCGAUCGAUGCUGGCGAGCCAGAUUACGCCAUCGUGAGAAGAUUUGGCGGCUUCGCGAUCUGGGUGCCGAUCGAAUUUUCCAACUUCAUAGAAGAGCGGAGACCGAGAGCUAUGGUGGUAUUAGCUCACUUCAUGGCCUUAUGGGUGCGCUAUGAACACAUCUGGAUGGUCGGUAAAGCUGGGGAAAUGCAAAUCAGGGGUAUAUAUAAGAUCAUGCCGCCAGAUUGGAAACCGAAGCUUGACAGCCUAUUAGCAAGAUUGCAUCUCUCUUUAGCUAGAGACGGAUUGUAACCCUCAUCCCAUAUAUAGAGAAUAACAUCCAACAGCACAGCUCGGGGGGGAUACCACGUAACUCGUGUAAUGCUAUAUCUACCCAAUCAUAAUACUCUCCUUUUCCAGCUAUGGGCUAGGUAACAUUAAUGAUUAAUAAUCAUAAC